UAAUGCUGUGUGAUGUGAAAGAGAGGGAGGGGUGCAACGGUAAAAAAAAGGGGAGAUUGGAAAGCAAGAGAGAGAGAGAGAGGGAGGGACGACUCGAGCGUGUCUCUGCAGAAAGACUGUACAUUCAUUUGUGUUGCUUAGCUGAUUGCACCUGAGUGCCGCUUAGAUGCUGGAGGGAGAUCUGCCUUUUACAAAUGAUGGAUUCUUGUUUCGUCAACUGAAUUGUGGCCUCUGGACUUGAACACAAUGGAGAACAACACGACAAUCUUUCAAGACAUCACUCAGGUGGUAAAUCUGACGGACAUACGCAGGAACCCUCUCGAGGAGCAGGUCGUGACAAUAGUUUUGACAAUGCUCAUCUGUACGGUUGGGAUUGCCGGGAACAUCAUGGUCGUGCUGGUUGUGCUGCGCACUAAACACAUGGUGACCCCGACCAACUGCUACCUCGUCAGUCUGGCGGUCGCGGACCUCAUCGUGCUGCUGGCGGCGGGGCUGCCUAACAUCUCUGAUGUCGUGGCCUUCUGGAUUUACGGGCACACGGGAUGCUUGUGCAUAACUUACCUCCAGUACCUGGGCAUCAACGUGUCGUCCUGCUCCAUCACGGCCUUCACCGUUGAGCGAUACAUCGCCAUUUGCCACUCCAUGAAGGCACAGCUCAUAUGCACUGUUUCCCGGGCCAAGAGGAUCAUAGCUGCGGUCUGGGUCUUCACCUCACUCUACUGCAUCAUGUGGUUCUUCCUGGUGGACACGGAUGAAACCGUCUACGCCAAUGGAGUGGUCGUCACGUGCGGCUACCGCGUCUCCAGGAACUACUACAUGCCGAUCUAUUUCCUGGACUUCACUUUGUUCUACGUGAUCCCGCUCGCCGUGGCCAUUGCGCUUUACGGUCUCAUCGCCAGGAUUUUGUUCAUGAGCCCUCUGCCUUCGCACAUGAGCGACGGAGGAGGGUCGGUCCACCAGGGUCGGUGCCGCAGCACUAACAAGCCCAACAAGGGCGCCGUCUCUGCCAGGAAGCAGAUAACAAAAAUGCUGGCCGUGGUGGUCAUCCUGUUCGCCGUGCUCUGGAUGCCUUACCGCACGGUGGUGGUGGUCAACUCCUUCAUCGACCCGCCUUACCAUAACACCUGGUUCCUGCUCUUCUGUCGCAUGUGCAUCUACACCAACAGCGCCAUCAACCCCAUCAUCUACAACCUCAUGUCUCAGAAGUUUCGCGUUGCGUUCAAAAAGCUCUGCGAGUGCGGCUGGCGAGGCGAGGGGAAGGUGCCGCAGUACAACGUGCCGAUGUACUACAGCGUGAUAAAGGAUUCGUCCCACGAGAGCAACGACCUGACCACGGGGCCGGGGGAGGCGAGCGGCCAGACCGACCGGAGGUGCAACCAGGCGGACGCGAGCGCUUUCAGCAUUUCCUAAUGGGUUUGCUGGAAAAGGAUGAGGGGAAUUAUCUGCAAACGUCUCUCGUUGUUGCUUAUGAUUUUUAGCUGAGAUCCGUAGAUGUUUCUUCUUUUGUGCAGUGACACGUGUUGAGCUUUUGGUGCAGAAGUUCUUUGUUUCGGUGUUGUGACUGUGUUGUAAACACACACGUGUGGUAUGUGAGAGCAGGCUUCACACUGCUCAGUGGAACUUAAAGUGCAUCAUAAUAUCCGUUGCAAUUACACAAUAAUGAGCGGCUCUUUCAAAUGAAAAACACUAACCUAAUCAAAGAAUCAGCAUGAGUCUCUUGAUAUCGAGUGCACUUGUGCUGUUCGCAGUUACACCCACGGGCUCGAUUGUACUCACAUAUAUCGCAAUCUUCAGCAGCGCUGAUGAACAGAGUCACAAUUUUUACCCUUUUAGUAAUAUUUAUUUAUUCACCUCCAAUCAACGUGACCACAUAAAUUGUACAGACAACAGGGAGGGAAAAAGUUUCAACUGUGACCAUUUAAUGCAUCACAUCGCGCGUUACAUACAACAAUAACCUAUUUUGGUAUUAAAUCAAAAAGUCGUAUAAUGGACGCUAGCAGCACCACUUUACUGUUUUAUGUAUUGCGAUGACCUUUUGGGCUGAUAUUCUUGGUUCUCAGAUGAUGAACCCUACUGACUUCGGUGACCCUUAUUAUCUGACUAGCUUCCUAUUGUUAGGGUUUAGCUUCAAAGUAUCGGCGUUAGUAAUUACAGCUUUAAAGUUUGGUGAAAUUGUGCCCUGACUAAUUUCAUUAGAGAUCUAAUUAUCCGUAUUUUAAGUAGCAGUCAGUAGCAGUAAUGUUUUAUUCGAUAAACCAACACAACUCCUCUUCUAAUCCCUGAAAUUGGCACUAAACUUUCUACAAUUAAAAAAAAAGAAAUGCUGACAAUCCCUCAUCCCUGAGAAUAUUCCGGAGGAACUCGCUCUGUUUUCAUCAUCACUGCAUCUCAACACAGACAAACAAGCAUGUAAAAAAGUCUUUCACCAUCUGUCUAUAUAUAUAUGUAUAUUCUAUAUAUUGUACAAGUUUGAUCUUGUGUUUCCAACACAUUUUGUAAUCAGGAUUUGUAGUUUUAUGUAAACAAAUCAUUUGAUUCAACCUCAUUAAAUCUGUACAUUCUCUUUAAUCAUGGACGUUUUCUGUGUGGAAUUACACUAAAUACAAACGUUGUUCAUCCAGAAUGGAGAUUUACAUAAAGUGAAUUGGACUGCAGCUCUAGUACAGGUUGUUGUACGGCAUCAGCACAGCCUUGAAUAGAGGAUAACAGAUGGAUCGUUUCAAGGACGCACUUAUAAUUGUCUUUUCUUUUUGGAUUUGCAUUCAUUUGCUCGUAUCCUACUGUUUGUUUGAACACAUCACGCCUUUUGUUCGCUUGUUUUCCCAGGUUUCCUGCUGCAGCUUCAAGCUGUAAAAAGUAUCAUCUAUACACCUUAGCAUGUAAAUAACAUGAAUAACAACUAAUGGCAAAUCAUACGUGAAAGAAAAUGUGAUGGCUUUGAUUGAUCUAAAUGCAGCUUCACGGCAUCAGAGUGAGAUUACUGUCAGUGAUGAACCCUGUUGGUGUUUUCUAAUGCGUCGGCCCCGUACUGUGUCACGUCCGGAGUGUUUUAUAAAAAAUGAUCUCCCUCUGGAUGUUGUGCCGUCUGAAUGGGGCUGAUUAAAUACACACGAGGAGUUUUUUGAUGAAAGAGAUGCCGGUCUGGUCUGGUUGAGGAGAGUCAGUGAAGGCAGAAGCACACUGAGAAUAUUGCUAGUGACUCCAGCAGUAAUUUAUUUCUUUUUUUGGUUCGAGAUGUGACAACAGAUGUGAGUUUUUGUGUGUUGUUUCUUGUUUGAUUGUGUGUCAGAUAUAAAAGAAAUACCCAUCGCCUCAACUGAAACAGUAAACGGGCAGUAAAGGGUCUGAUGAUGUAAAGCCACGUUCUUUGGAGAAAGGAGCAGAGAAGCUGCUCUGGCACAUCAUGGCAUCGUCAUGUAGCCGUGUUGCUGGACAGCCUGCUCUGCAUGCUAAUGGGAGAUCUGAACAAGCAGCAGAUUUAUUCUGCAGUAAAUAUCAGCAGCAUGACAUCUAAUGGUGUCACCCGUUAUAUGACAAAGUGCUUCGACAAUUCACAAACACUUCCAAGUGAUAACCGUUGAACUUUCAUGCUUAUUUUCCCCCAAAGCACGGAUUUCAAAAUAUUGACAAUAAAAACAGUAUGCGUGUUUACAUUUGUAAGCUAAGCAGCUGGUUAGCUUACAGCUCAGCUAGAUGACUGGGUAACCUGCUGUGUAAAGGUAACCAACCGUCCUACCGGCACCGUUAAAUUAAUAUAUAGUUUAAUAUAUAUAAUGCUUCAGUCCACGGGUGGUGGGCAAUCUGUGGGUUGAUUACUUGUUAAAUUAAAAAGCUACAUCUUGAGGAGGUUUUUGUUUUGAUUUUUGAAAACUUCUGGUCCAACCGGUCCAAUAACGCAAUCUGAACAAACAAAAAAUGAAAUUUAGAUAUUUGGGUUGGAGAAAUUAAGUAUAUGUGGAUUUACAAAUGAAGCAACUUUAUUACACGGAGCUUUAUUUAAAGAUCCAGAAUAAAUAAUAUGAUGAGUGACAGAUUUUUCGUAUGCAGGGAACAAAAAGAGCUGUUCUUCUAUGUGAAUGAAUAAUUCAUACACAGCAUCCGCGAGAGUUUUUGUUUAAUAUUAACACAAAUAGUCAAGGGUUUCAGUUUACAAUAAAAACAAUGUGUUGUUAAACAGCUAACUUGAUGUUAAGUUAAGAUAUGACAGCUGUGAAAACUGUAUAUUUCGUCAAACUGAGAAAUCUAUACUGUAGAUAACACAACAAAAUAAGAUGAUAAUUAAAACGACUGCACAUAGAUAGAACAAAGCCAUCGUUGAUGUUAUUUGUAAUAUGUGUGGUUGCUUUGUCUUCAGCUGAGAAAAAAUGUCUAUUGAAAAAAUACUAUAAAGACUGA